AACCACCCCCCAACCAGUCAUCAUAAGGAAUUGAAUCUAUAAAAGCCGCCUCAUAGCUCUGUCUUUGUCCCAUUUCUUUGGCACGCGCAGGCUCACCGAGGAACCUGUAUUUGCUGCCCCGCCUCCGGACGCAUUGAUCUGAUCCAGGGCAAUUGUGCAACCAUCAUCCGUCCAGAUAUCGCCCCAUUGCAGUUGAAGGACGCAUUAUGUGCCCGAGAGUGAUGAUCUGAUUGUUGUCUGCAUUAUUAUUAUUAUUAUUAUUAUUAUUAUUAUUAUUGUCGUUGUUGUUGUUGUGGCGGUGGUGGUGACUGUUGUCCCCUCGUCCGCCGCGGCGGCGGCGGCGGCGGCGGAAUGGCCCAUUGGGAUUUUAAAAGCUGUGGUGACUGCUGAAAAAUUUUCAUAUCGGACUGCAGUAAGAUGGCUGAGGAAGGUGAUAAGGUUAAGUUGAAUGUUUAUGACCUAAGCCAAGGAAUGGCUCGUCAGCUUUCCAUGACAUUCUUGGGAAAAGCUAUUGAAGGAAUAUGGCAUACUGGAAUCGUGGUAUAUGGUAAUGAAUACUAUUUUGGUGGAGGUAUACAACAUGAUACUGUUGGAGGAACACCAUAUGGAACACCUAUCCGAGUAGUAGAUUUGGGUGUCACACAUGUGCCCAAGGAUGUGUUUGAAAUGUAUUUGCAGGAGAUCAGCCCACGGUAUACAGCUGGAACCUACAGUUUGCUUAGUCAUAACUGUAACAACUUCAGCAAUGAGGUUGCUCAAUUCUUGGUUGGUGCUACAAUACCAGACUACAUCUUGCAACUCCCUAAUGAAGUUAUGAGCAGCCCAAUGGGUGCUCUUCUAUUGCCCAUGAUACAGCAGCUGGAGGCCACACUGAGAUCGGGUGCUGUCCCCCAAGCUCCCCAAUUUAGGCCGUCCCCAUUGGCCUCGAUUUCCCAGCCUGUCACCACUUUACGCGUCAACCAUAAUGACUCAGGGAGUAGCGUCAACCAAUCCACCGUAGAACAUAUCAAGGAUAAAGGGACUUACGAUCAGCGAUCUUCUGCGGGUGAGUUGAAGACAUUGGAAAACACAGUGCCGCCUGCUGUGGUACCGGCAUUACCACAGGGGAAGUCUCUGGAUGGUGGUACAAAAGAUGGUCUUGGAAAUGCUCGGAACAAGGUGCAGGAAGAGAUUACCCGGGAGUUUGCUGCAAUAAUGGCAACUGGGACAUUGCAUGCAAGCGAGGCUGCAGCACUGGCAACUAGGAGAGUUAUGCAAAGAUAUGGCUAUUUGAAUGCUGCAUUGCCACGUAGUUAGAGCUUUGGUAUUUGGAGGAAAAGUGAUUUCUUUGAGCGGGGCUUUAUUUGUUUGUCAAAAUUGGGCAAACAAAAAUUUAAUGACAUUGGGUUAACUCCAUUUGAGUGAAUGAUAUUAAGUGCUGGAUUCAUAAUUCUUAAUUUAUUUUACCUGGUUUUAGUGUGUUUGGAAGGUUGAUCAGAAUGUUGGAGAGGACAUUAUUCGUGUCCAUCUGUUUGAUUGGAAUCUUUACAUGUUUUGUGAACUUUUGGUACUCUCACAAAGCCACUUUCAUGCUUUGAUUGUUUAAUAAAAAUUUUACUUUGAGAAAGAAA